UCUGCAAGAAGACGCAGGUUCACCUCGACCUGAAGCCAGAUGCGAAGCCUGUGUUCCGGCAAAAGCGGCCUGUGGCGUACUCCAUGGAGGCCACCGUGGAGGAUGAGCUGCAGCGACUCCAAGAUCUGGGCAUCAUCACCCCGGUCACGUACGCGGAUUGGGCCGCGCCCAUCGUGGUCGUACGGAAACCGGAUCGCUCUAUCCGGAUCUGUGCCGAUUAUUCGACCGGGCUGAACAACGCUUUGGAGCCGAACAGCCACCCACUACCCCUGCCCGAGGACAUCUUCGCGCGAAUGGCCAACUGCACCAUCUUCGCGAACAUCGAUUUGUCCGACGCAUACUUGCAAGUGGAGGUCGAUGAGGAGAGCCGCAAGCUGCUGGUCAUCAACACCCACAAGGGGUUGUUCCAGUACAACCGCCUGUCUCUCGGGAUCAAGAACGCUCCGGGGGCAUUCCAGAAGAUUAUGGACACGAUGCUGUGCGGACUGCCGCGCACCUGUCCGUACCUGGACGAUAUCAUCGUUGGCGGUCGAACGCGGCAGGAGCUCAAGCUAAAUCUUCAGCAGGUUUUCCAGCGCCUGCAAGAGUACGGGUUCACCGUGAAGCUCAGUAAGUGCCGCUUCUUCAUGAACCAGGUCAAGUACCUGGGCCAGCUGCUGGACGCCGAAGGUAUUCGCCCCGACCCGGAGAAGAUUGCCGCCGUCGUGAACAUGCCAGCCCCUCACGACGUUUCCACACUUCGGUCGUACCUGGGUGCGAUAAACUAUUAUGGGAAGUUCAUCAAGGAGAUGCGGAAGUUUCGGCAGCCGCUGGACGACCUGCUCCGGAAGGGUGCCAAGUUCGAGUGGUCGGCCGACUGUCAACGCUCAUUCGACCGCUUCAAGGAAAUCCUGCAGUCUCCUCUCUUGCUCACCCACUACAAUCCGCGUCUGGACAUCGUGGUCUCCGCGGACGCAUCCAACGUGGGCAUCGGCGCCCGCAUCGCACACCGCUUCCCGGACGGCACCGAGAAGGCAAUCUACCACGCGUCCAGAAGUCUGACUCCGGCGGAAAAGAAUUACAGCCAGAUCGAAAAGGAAGCCCUCGCUCUGGUGUACGCCGUGACCAAAUUUCACCGGAUGAUCUACGGACGCAACUUCCUCCUGCAAACGGACCAUAAACCACUUCUCUCGAUUUUUGGUUCGAAGCAAGGAAUACCGGCGUACACUGCUAACCGCCUGCAACGGUGGGCUUUAACGAUGCUUCUCUAUGAUUUCCACAUAGAGCAUAUCGCUACCGAUCACUUUGGGCACGCUGACAUUCUAUCUCGCCUGAUUAAUGCUCAUGUUAAACCGGAUGAAGAUUUUGUUAUUGCGUCGAUAGAGCUUGAGAGGUCGAUCUGCAGCAUUGUGAGCCAGUCUUUGGGAUUCUUGCCGGUCACCUACAAGGUGAUUGCCGCAGAGACUGAGGGAGACGAAACCCUGCAGAAGGUGAAGCACUACGUCAUCCACGGCUGGCCGGAGAACAAGAAAACUGUCGAAGGCGCAGAAAUCCAGCAGUUCUUCGCUCGUCGUGAGGCACUCAGCAUCGCUCACAAGUGUCUCAUGUAUGGAGAGCGGAUCAUCAUCCCCAAGAAGCUGCAGAAGCGGGUGCUCCAGCAGCUGCACAAGGGCCAUCCGGGCAUCGAGCGAUCGCGGUCGCUGGCGCGGAACUACGUGUAUUGGCCGAACAUCGAUGAUCACAUUUCCAACCUGAUCAAAGCUUGCAACGAGUGUGCUGCGGUGGCCAAAACUGACACGAAAACAGCGCUCUCAUCGUGGCCCAUCCCGGAGCGGCCAUGGCAGAGGCUGCACGUCGACUACGCCGGACCGGUGGACGGAACGUACUUUCUGGUCCUGGUCGACGCCCUCUCGAAGUGGCCGGAAGUGGUUCCAACGCGGCGGAUCACCACGGAGAAGACCCUGGCCAUCCUGCGUAACAUCUUCUCGAGAUUCGGCAUGCCGGAGGUGCUGGUCUCCGACAACGGCCGGCAGUUUUGCAGCGAGCACUUCGAGAGGUACUGUGACGUCAACGGUAUCAUGCACCUCAAGACCGCGCCGUACCACCCGCAGAGCAACGGCCAAGCUGAGAGGUUUGUUGAUACUUUUAAACGUACACUCAAGAAAAUUCAAGCAGGAGGAGGAACUAGAAGAAGCGAUCGACACUUUCCUCCAGUGUUACCGGUCCACACCGUGCCGCAGCGCUCCAGAGGGAAAUCUCCAGCGGAAGUUCUUCUCGGCGGUCGCAUCCGUACCUCGCUCGAGCUGAUGAAACCACCAAGCAGCUUCUACAAGGACUCCAGUUCCAAGCAAGAUCAGCAGUUCGACCGUAAACACGGUGCCAAGGCGAAGAACUUCGAGCCCAAAGACGGAGUGUUUGCGAAGGUUCACCACGGCAACGAGUGGAGCUGGGUGCCAGGUGAGGUCGUGGAGCGGAUCGGGACGGUCAUGUACAACGUGUGGUUACCAGACCGUCAGCAGCUGAUCAGAUCCCACAGCAACCAGUUGCGCAAACGCCACGGUGGUGCUUACGCCACUGAAGCGGAGUCUCAACCAACCAUUCCACUGGAUCUGCUACUCAACACGUGGGGCAUCAAACCUCCCGGGCCAUCGGAGUCUCCGGAACCGGCGGGUUCACCGGAAGCUUCGCUGCCGUACCCGGACAGCCCACUGACGUAUCCUGAGGAUGAGCAGCUGAACGAGUUGAAGCAGGAGUUCCUCCGCGAGUUGAUGCAGCCGCCCGAGCGACGUCGUCCAAGACGACCCCAAUCGCCAGCUGUUCCUGCGGUGGCUCCUGCCGGACGACCAGUCCGCAACCGGAAAGCGCCGAGUCGCUACGAGCCGUACCAUCUAUACUAA